AGAGAUUGAGACAUUAGAGGCUUUUCAGCUCCCCUAAGGACGAGGAAAUGGAACCUGUAAGCUUGGGAGAACUAGGCCUUUUAGUUGGCCAAGGGAGGAAGGAAUGGAGCCAGUGAACAAGCUUGCUUUGAGAUUCAAGACAAGGAGUUUCUCGAGCUUGGUGAGGAACGACGGAAUGCUGCCCGAGCUGUCGGCCCUAAUGUACCCCAAGCUGCGUUUGCAGUGUGGAUGCGAGCUGAGCAAGCAGUGGUCUGGAGAAGAAGUUCCCUCCCAACUCGAGAACUUCCAGCUGACGCAGCUUACCAAAGGCAGGAGGUACGGGACCAUCCAUGGCGUAUGAAGCUUUGAGAAACAACUUCAUCAUUGAACGUUGUGGUUUUAAUCGUUACUUUUGGAGGUUUGUUCUUUACAUUCUUUGUUUGUUGCAUGUCCAUUGCAGCAGUAAAGCCCGCCACAGCAUUCAAGGUCGAAAUAGCCACUGACACUCCUGCAAGGGUGCGCUUUGCAUCAAACGGGAAGAUCAAGAUGUAUGGCAAGCUUUCAAGAGUCAAGGAUGCUCGGCAAGUUUUAGAUCGCAUGCGUAACAAGGACUCGGUGUCUUGGUUCUUGAUGCUAGCUGUCUAUGCACAAAAUGGUCAUAUGGAAGAGGCCAAGCUGAUGUUUUCCCAAAUGCCGGAGAAGAGUUUGAUUUCUUUCAACAUGAUGUUAUCUUGGUUUGGUCGGUGUGGAUGUGUACAAGAAGCUUACAAAAUCUUUAACAACAUGCCUCACAGGGAUUUAGUGUCUUGGAACGCCGUGAUCUCUGCAUAUGCCCACAGUGGGUAUAUCAACGAGACGGUUCAGGUGUUUGAUGCCAUGCCUGAGAGAGAUAUGAUCUCUUGGACGGUGGUUUUAACGUUGCAUGCGAAUAAUAGAAAUUUGGAAGAAGCUAAGAACAUCUUUGAGAAAAUGCCAGAAAGAGAUCUAGCUGCUUGGAACUGUAUGCUGAAUGCAUAUUCCCAAAGCGGGUAUCCGCAGGAGGCAAGGCGUGUGUUUUAUUCUAUGCCUCAGAGAAGUCUCAUUUCCUGGACUGUGAUGUUAAACCUUUCUGCCGUAAAUUCUAGUUACAAGAAACAAAGAGUAUAUUCGAAGCCAUUCCAGAAAUUGAUCUAGUUUCGUGUACGUCAAUGAUUUCUGCAUAUGCCCAAUCAGGGCAUCUAUUGGAAGCUAAAUUACUAUUUGAUAGAAUGCCAUGCUGGAACUUGGUAACAUGGACCGCGAUGCUGGCAGCAUGUGUGCACGCUGGCAGCAUCUUCAUGGCCGAGGACAUCUUUCAAAAAAUGCCAUUCAAGAAUCCAGUAGCAUGCAACGCCAUGCUAGCCGGAUAUGCCCACGCUGGCAAAGUUGAGCAGGCAAAGUGUAUAUUUGACAAAAUGCCAUGUUGGAGUUUAGUAUCGUGGAGUUCACUGCUGUAUGUCUACGCAGGAUCAAGAGAUAUGGACUUGACACGACGAUUUUUCGAUAAAAUGCCAUACCAGCAGCUAGUUUCUUGGAACACCAUGCUUGAUGCUUAUGCCCAAAACGGGUAUAUGGCAGAAGCAAGGGUCAUGUUCAAUGCAAUGGUGGAGAAGGACGUAAUUUCUUGGACUAUAAUGCUUGCUGGCUAUGGCCUUAGUGGCCAGAGUUCACUUGCAAGAAAAACUUUUGCCCAGAUGCCAGGGAAGAAUGAAGUUUCUUGGGAUGCAAUGCUCACUGCAUGUACCCAAGCAGGGGAUUCGGUUUCUGUGUUUCAGUUGUUUCACACUAUGCAUAUGACCGGCAUUUACAACCAAGUUGGAUUUGUCUCCGCUCUCAAUGCUCACGGCCAAGUUGGAGCUUUUUUGCCAUUGCUGCUUUGGCUGUUGCUGCUCCUCUCUUGGAGCUCUUUUGCCACUGCUGGGCUUCUCAGCCAACUCUGCCGCUGCUAUCUGCCGCCGCUCACUUGGCUGCUGCUGCUCCUCUCUUCGAGCAUCUUGGCCACUCCUGCUGCCGUUCUGCUUCUCGGCCUGCUAAGUCACUGCUCUGCUGCUCCUGGGCUUCUUGGCUGCUCUACUACUCCUCUCUUGGAGCAUAUCAGCAUCUUCUGCCACUCCAGGGCUUCUGAGUCGCUACUAUCUGCCACUCCUCGCUGUUGGUAUGGCUCUGCCAUUGCUUUGUUGCUGCGCUCUAGGCUACUCUGCUUCUGCCGUUGGCAUCUGGAAGCUUCUUCUUCUUCUUCAUCCUUCACAGGUCCUCAAGAUCUGUGCUCCGAUACCAUGAUACAAAAGGCAACGACUGCUGGCAACGACUGCUCAUAUUGUAUAUAUGAAGCUAUAUAUACACGGGCUGUGGCAACUGCCUAAUGCCACAUCAUCCUAACUGCCUAGCUAAGCAUCUACCUGAGCAUCUACUCUCAACACAUCAUGAGGGCGAUGUCCUUCUGGAAGAAAUCCCCCGAGAAAAUGGAGACCCUGGCGCUGCCGUAGAACAGGAUCGAGAGAGCAAUGGCUCCAAACGCCAGGGAGUGGCCGCGAUGCAGCUGCGUAGCACGCUUCUUGUCGGAUUUCUCCAUCUUGGAAAGAUUCUCGUCGAGAACGGCCCUGUCGUGGAGAAUCGCCGAGAACCACGCCAUGAGGAAUGCGAUCCCAUCGAUCCCCCACACGCCGGCGCUCAUCACCAGCGGCAAGAUUGUAACCUGGGAAACGGCGGGAUGGAGGAAGGAGCCGACGCCGCCGAAUCGAUUCCACAACAACCACGCCGUGGUCCACAUCGACGCGAAUACCAGCGGCUGGGACGUUCUUGCUCGGUCAAAACGCUUCCUGUAGCCGAUGCUUGCAAGAAAUGGGAGGAGAAGAAACAUCCACAGCGCCAGUGCCCAGAUUAUUCCUACAAUUGGCACGCUGCUGGCCUUGGAGUUGUCCGGGCUCACCUUUCCCGGGAAGAAUGCCAAGAAUGCCAGGCUCGCGGCAGUGGUGUGGAGGAUGAGCGCCAGGAGAAUUGUGAAAACCGCAGAGCUCCAUGAGCAAGAAUUGUGCGAAAUCCCUGAUUUGUGGAAGAAAUGCAAGAGGAAAAAUGGUUGGAGCCAAGUACAAAUUGCAACAGAUUGGAAACCAGGGAAGAAAGUGCACGCCACCGAGAGAAUGACCAACAGUGCCACCUUCCUCAUGUCUCUUGGUGCUUGUUUGAAUGUAGGUGGUAAUUUAUAUUCU